GACUUUAUGACAUAUCGGAUUAAAUAGGACAUGUAUUAUUAUUACAUUUUGAAAGCAGAGAAUUAUGAUAUGUGGUUAUCUAGAGUUGUAGACAGGUCUCAGGCUAGUGUUGAUUUGUGCAAGAGGUGCAUUAAAUGCAUCACCAUUGAGUUUCCUUGCAAGUUAGGUUCCUGUUAGAGGCAUGCAGAGGGUUAUCACAUUAUGACUGCCGUGAGCUCACCGCCUUUGACCACUAUUCAGGCUACUUACCUCAAGUCAGGGACGGAGGAAAGGAACGGCAAAAGGUACGUAUCAUACCGGUGACCGAAAAAUGCUUUAAAGAGGAAUGAAGGUGUCGCAGCGGCGCAGUCGGUAAUGUCGCAGCGGUGCAGCCGGUGCCCUACCAAAGGGAAGCUCUUAGCUUCGCCACUGUCUCAAAUAGUGCUCCUUCUCCGCUCACCGGAGUGGAGAUACUCAAACAAGGUAAAUUACAUCAUGAUCGUGUUUCAAGAUUCCAUGGAGAGACUCAGGCCUCUUGUGGGUUUGAAAGGCUGGGAUUAUUGCGUUCUUUGGAAAUUGAGUGAUGAUCAAAGGUUUCUUGAAUGGAUUGAUUGUUGCUGUGGUGGAAAUGAGAACAUGCAAAAUGGUGCAGAAGAACUUCAAUUUCCUGUAUCUUCUUCAUCAGCCAUGGCUUGCAGGGAUGUCAUCUUCCAGCACCCAAGAACAAAAUCUUGUGAACUUCUGGCCCAACUGCCUUCUUCAAUGCCCUUAGAUUCUGGGGUUCAUGCACAGACCUUGUUAUCAAACCAACCCAGAUGGCUAAAUUUCUCUAAUAGCUGUGAUUCAAGUGUUCUUGAAGGAACAGUUGGAACUAGAGCUUUGAUACCAGUGGCUGGAGGAAUAAUUGAGCUGUUUGUUACUAAGCAAGUGUCUGAAGAUCAAAAUGUCAUAAAUUUUAUAACAUCUCAAUGCAGCAUAUUAAUGGAACAAGAAGCCAUAAUAAACUCAACCAACAUGGAAACAGGUUUCUCAGCUAAUGUGAACAUGAUAAGUGAACAACAAUCAAGACCAUUUAUAGCCGAUGGUCAUGAUACUGAACACAAGGAUCAUCAAAUGAAUCAAUUCCAGGCUCCAGUUUCCCCAGCAACAGCAUUAGAGAAUUUGAAUCUGCCAUAUGACAUAUCAGCUGAUAGGAUCCAUCUAUGUGACAUGAAAUUCCUGCAGCAAUUCAAUUACAAUGAUCAGGAAAACAAGAAUAAAAAUGAUAUGUUCUUUGAAGGUGUGCAAGAUAUGGAUGCUUUGCAGAAAUCCAUGGUGAUGAACAAUACAGAAAACAUGCACAUGAAGUUUACGGAAUCCUCUGCAAAUAAGGAGCAGCAAGGUAAUGAUAAGGACUCAGUGAAGCAGGAGAAUGGGAGAUCAGAUUCAAUCUCGGAUUGCAGUGAUCAGAAUGAUGAUGAGAAUGAUGCUAAGUAUAGGAGAAGGCCAGGAAGAGGGCCUCAAGCUAAAAAUCUUUUUGCUGAGAGGAGGAGGAGGAAAAGGCUUAAUGGGAGGCUCUAUGAUCUCAGGGCUUUGGUUCCCAAAAUUUCAAAUCUGAAUAAGGCAGCCAUACUUGGAGAUGCAAUUGAAUUUGUGAAGGAGUUGCAGAAGCAAGCCAAAGAACUACAAGAUGAGCUUGAAGAACAUUCAGAUGAUGAAAGAGCUAAAAAUGGUAACCACAACAACAACAUCCCACAAGAAAUUCUGAAUCAAAAUGGAGGUUUUGUGAAUGGAUUUGAUGUGGGGGCAUCAGAAGUUAGCUGCUCCAAACUAAAUCACAAGGCAUCAGAAAUUUCUCAUGACAAGGGACAGCAGAUGGAGGUGCAAGUUGAAGUGGCUCAAAUAGAUGGAAAUGAGUUCUUUGUAAAGGUAUUCUGUGAGCACAAGCCUGGAGGUUUUGUGAGGUUGAUGGAGGCUUUGGAUUCUCUUGGCUUAGAAGUUACCAAUGCUAAUGUAACCAGCUUCAGAGGCCUUGUCUCAAAUGUUCUCAAAGUAGAGAAGAAGGACAGCGAAAUGGUUCAAGCAGAUUACGUGAGGGACUCUUUAUUAGAGCUAACAAGAGACCCACCAACCGGAAUAUGGUCAGAAAUGGCAAAAGCUUCAGAAAAUGGCAGCGGCAUGGACUAUCACCACCACCAACACCACCACCACCACAACCACCACCAUCAGCUGCACAAUGGCCAUGUCAAUUCAAAUCACCACCACCUUCAUAGUUGAGCAUUGAUUCUGCUGAAUCUGACUUUUUAUAUAUGAUAAAUCUUAGUUCUAUUUUCUCGUCAUAAACUCUAAUGUCUUUGUCCAAGCCCAGCCAAAAGGCAUUAUGGACCCCAAGUCCAUUGUUGGGUUGCUAUUGAGAGUCCAUAAGGUAGCCAUAGCCCUUCUGAUUUGGCUACCAUUGUUCCCAAUUAAUAUCAAGUUAUAUAGAUCCUUUAAGGCAAAAGUA